AUGUCGGCCUACGCCCCCAUCUCGUCCUCGGACGCGGGUGGGCCAGCAGCGGACCGCCCCUCGCACCAGAACGCCCGCUCGCGCUCCUCCAACAACACCAACCGCUACUCGGCCAGCUCCUUCUUCAGCUACCCCGUCUCGCGCACCGUCUCCGGCCUGUUGCGCCGCAUCUCGACCGAGCCGUCGUCAUCGAACGACCUCGCAUCCUCCAUGGGCGGCCUGAAACCCAACACCAGCAGCGUGCCCGGCGUGUACACGCCGCCGCGCCGCCACGCCUCGCCCUUCCAGCCGCCGCCCUUGUCGCCCCUGAACCUGGACGGCUGGAAGCCCGGCACCGCCGACCGCUCGAAGCUGCUGUCGCGCCAGCUGGCCGAGGAGAUCCGGCUGCUGAUCCCGCCGCGCCUGCAGCUGGUCGAGGACUGGAAGCUCGCCUACAGCCUGGAGCAGGACGGCGUCAGCCUGGCGACCCUGUACAAGAAUUGCGAGGACCUGCGCGGGAAGCGCGGCGGUUACGUCUUGGUCGUGCGAGACGGCGGUGGCGGGAUCUUCGGCGCAUACCUGACCGACGCUCCGCACCCGAAUCCGCAUUUCUUCGGCACCGGCGAGUGCUUCCUGUGGCGCGCCCACGUCCUGCCGGGGCUGCCCAGUCUCGCCAACCUCCCGCCGCCGCCCUCGGCCGACACCACAAACGCGCAGCGCAUGACGACAAUAGCGCAGCCGAAGCAUCACCUCAGCCCGCCGAACUCGAACGCGCCGAGCAACGGCGGCAGCGGCGCCAGCACCCCCGAGCGCAUCCGCUUCAAGGCUUUCCCAUACAGCGGCGUCAACGACUACAUGUUAUUCUGCGAGCAGGGCUUCUUGAGCGUAGGCGGAGGUGACGGCCACUACGGCCUCUGGCUCGACGACAACCUCGAGAACGGCAUCUCCAGCUCCUGUCCCACAUUCGGCAACGAGCCUCUCAGCGACGAGGGCGAGAAGUUCGACGUUUUGGGAGUAGAGCUGUGGUUUAUUGGCUGA